AUGUAUGGAUUUGAAAUCCCGAAGGACUACAAUGAUGCUGCUCUUUGUUUGGAUCAAAUCCAUGGCAAUACCAAGUGGCAAGACUGUACAAAGUUGGAAAUGGACCAACUUGCCAAACAUAAAGUGUUUGUAGAUAUUGGCAAGGGAACUCCAAUUCCAAAGGGAUUCCAAAAGAUCCGAGUUCACCUUGUGUACGCCUGCAAGCAUGAUGACAGACACAAAGCCCGACUCAUGGCAGAUGGUCACCUGACUUUGGUACCCGUCGAUAGUGUAUACUCCGGCGUGGUUUCCAUUAGAGGCCUGAAGCUAAUGAUCUUCCUUGCCAAACUAAACGACCUGGACCUAUGGGCUACAGAUAUUGGUAAUGCCUGCCUAGAAGCUUAUACUAGUGAGAGAGUAGCUAUUGUAGUAGGACCAGAGUUUGGGGAGCUAGAAGGACACACACUUCUUGUCUCUAGAGCUCUCUACGGACUUUGCUUGAGCGGAAAAAUGUGGCAUCAAAGAUUUUUGGCAUGUCUAGAGGAAGAAGGAUUCUUCCCUUGCAAGGCCGAGCCAGAUAUAUCUGGAUGCGCCCCACUCCCAAUGGAAAGUCGUAUGAGUACGUUGGCGUCUACGUUGACGACCUUGCACUGGCAAUGCGAGACCCCAAGUCAUUCCUCUAGAUAA